AACUUUUGGACUCUAAAACCUCUCUUAAGACCCCCACCCAGCUCAACACUGAGUACAGAGCAUCGUGGUUUGUGUUCUUCCUUAUCUCAAUCAAACAAUGUCGGCCCUUUCAAUCCCAUUCAAAUUCUACUUCCCUCCAACCACUGCCACCUCCUUCCCUCCCUCCCAAACCAAACCCCAUAACCUCACUUUCCAACGCAGAACAAGAACAACUACAAAAACGGCAUGUACUGCUUCCGAGAACCCCAAGCAACGCCAAAACCCGAAGAGGAACCGGGCAGAGGCCAAAACGGAAACCACAAGUGACGAUGUCGAAAAGGGUAUUGACCCUGCUGGCUUUCUCGCCAAACGUGGCAUUUCCCACAAAGCGUUUGCCCUGUUCCUCCGUGAAAGGUAUAAAGUAUUGAAGGACAUGAAAGAUGAAAUUUUGAAAAGGCACGAAAACUUCAUGAUUCUAGCCUCUGGGUUUGAAUUAUUGGGAAUGCAUCGUCAUCCAGAACCUCGUGUGGAUUAUAUGGAAUGGGCUCCAGGGGCUCGCUAUUGUGCAAUUGUUGGUGACUUCAAUGAUUGGUCACCUACAGAAAAUUGUGCAAGAGAGCAUUACUUUGGUCAUGAUGAUUAUGGAUAUUGGUUUAUCAUUCUUCAAGAUAAGCUGAGAGAGGGAGAAGAGCCAGAUAAAUACUAUUUUCAAAUGUAUAACUACGUAGAUGAUUAUGAUAAAGGGGAUAGUGGUGUAACUGUGGAAGAGCUCUUAAAGAAAGCAAAUGAGGAGUACUGGGAACCAGGAGAAGACCGUUACUCAAAUAAUCGCUUUGAAGGGCCAGUUAAGUUAUAUGAGCAGAUAUUUGGUCCUAAUGGACCUCAAACCAUGGAAGACUUACCAGACAUACCAGAUCCAAAAACAAGAUACAAAGAAUGGGCAGCAGAGCAUGGACCUUCCCGUACUGCUGCGAUGGAUAGUGGCAAGGAGUAUGACAUAUAUAAUGUUAUAGUUGAUCCUGAAUGGCACGAGAAAAUUCGUGCACUGAAACCUCCUAUAGCAUACUGGUUUGAGACACGUAAAGGUAGGAAGGCUUGGAUGAAAAAGUAUAGUCCCGGCAUUCCUCAUGGUAGCAAGUACAGAGUCUACUUCAACACUCCUAAUGGACCAUUGGAGAGGGUACCUGCUUGGGCUACAUAUGUGCAGCCAGAGGUUGAUGGAAAACAAGCUUAUGCAAUUCACUGGGAACCACCCCCUGAGCAAGCAUACAAGUGGAAAAAUAAAAGUCCCAAAGUACCAAAAUCCCUGCGGAUAUAUGAAGCUCAUGUUGGAAUUAGUGGUUCUGAACCCAAAAUAUCCUCUUUCAAUGAAUUCACAGACAAGGUUCUUCCUUACAUUAAGGAAGCUGGAUACAAUACCAUCCAGCUGAUUGGAAUUGUUGAACAUAAGGAUUAUUUUACUGUUGGUUACAGAGUUACAAAUUAUUUUGCUGUUAGUAGCCGAUAUGGUACUCCUGAGGACUUUAAGCGAUUAGUUGAUGAGGCCCAUGGACUAGGGCUGCUCGUCUUCUUAGAAAUUGUCCAUUCAUAUGCAGCAGCAGAUGAGAUGGUCGGAUUAUCAAUGUUUGAUGGAUCAAAUGACAGUUUUUUUCGUACUGGAAAACGAGGGCAACACAAAUUUUGGGGAACCAGAAUGUUCAAAUAUGGCGACCCUGAUGUUUUGCAUUUCCUUGUAUCAAACUUGAACUGGUGGAUUGUAGAGUAUCAAAUUGAUGGUUUUCAGUUCCAUUCAGUUUCAUCGAUGUUGUACACUCACAACGGUUUUGCUUCCUUUACUGGAGACUUGGAGGAGUAUUGCAACCAAUAUGUUGACAAGGAUGCGCUAGUAUAUCUUAUCCUUGCCAAUGAGAUACUGCAUUAUCUUCACCCGAAUAUUGUCACAAUAGCCGAAGAUGCAACAUUUUAUCCGGGAUUAUGUGAGCCAACUUCUCAAGGUGGAUUAGGAUUUGAUUACUAUGUCAACCUUUCCGUGUCUGAUAUGUGGUCAACUUUUCUUGAGAGUGUACCUGAUCAUGAAUGGAAUAUGACUAAGAUUGUUAACACAUUAGUUUCCAAUAGAGAAUAUGCUGAUAAAAUGCUUAUGUACGCUGAAAAUCACAACCAGUCCAUAUCUGGAAGGCGAUCAUUUGCAGAAAUAUUGUUCGGUGAAAUAGAUGAGAAUUCACAUCACUAUAAGGAAUCUUUAUUGAGGGGAUCUUCACUCCAUAAAAUGAUCAGAUUGAUCACAUUAACAAUUGGUGGUCGUGCUUAUUUGAACUUCAUGGGUAAUGAAUUUGGGCAUCCAAAGAGAGUUGAAUUUCCAUCAUCAAGCAACAACAACUCAUAUAUGCUUGCUAAUCGAUGUUGGGAUCUUUUGGCCAAAGAUGGAGUUCACUGUGAUUUAUUUUCUUUUGAUAAGGACAUGAUGAAGCUGGAUGAAAAUCAGAGAGUGCUCUCACGAGGCUUUCCAAACAUUCACCAUGUGAAUGAUAGUUCAAUGGUCAUAUCUUACAUCAGAGGUCCUCUUGUCUUUAUUUUCAAUUUCCAUCCAACGGAGUCCUAUGACAGUUAUAGCAUAGGUGUAGAAGAAGCUGGGGAGUAUCAAAUUAUUAUGAACACAGAUGAAAUAAAGUAUGGCGGUCAAGGAAAACUUAAAGAGAAUCAAUAUUUAUUUAAAACUAUCAGCAAAAGAGUUGAUGGGCUUCGAAACUGCUUAGAAGUGUCACUACCCAGCAGAACUGCUCAGGUUUACAAGUUAAGGAGGAUUUUGAGAAUAUAAAAACACUGCAUCUGUGGAAUAACUUUCAGCCAGAUUUUCUGACAUUCUACCAUGGAAUGUUCUUUGGUUUGUUUAUCAACAUAAGAAAAGUAUAAGAUUAAAUAUGACCCUUUUAGCAAUAUGUACUUCAACAUGAAGAUGAAGAUGUCAAUUGAAGGGUUAAUGGUUAAUCUCUCUAAGGUUAACAUAGCUGGUUUGUGGAUUAUACUACAAUCCAUGGGAAAGCUUUCAGGCAAUGGAUCCUAAGUUUAUAAAGAUGCAAGAUGUUGCAAAGUUGAAAUAUGACACUUCAUGUUAUGAUGACAUAAACCUAGGAUCAUGCUUUUAAACCAUACUGAUUCAUGUACCACAAAUGUACUAGGUUCUGUGUAAAGUUACUUGAGGAUUAUGAGGUGGUUUUCAAAAGGAGGAAUUUGUAAUAGGAUUUUUUCAAACAUUAUAUUCCUAAAGGAAAGGAUAGUGAUUGUAGAGUGCAGUAACUAAA